AUGUUUUAUUCCCAGAUUAUUCUAGCGAAGAAGGGGCCUCUUGGGAAGAUUUGGCUGGCUGCUCAUUGGGAUAAAAAGCUAAACAAACAACAGAUUUUUACUGCUGAUAUUCAUAGUUCCGUUGAAAGUAUUGUGAAUCCACAAGUACCAUUGGCUCUUCGUGUUUCGGGUCAUUUAUUACUUGGUGUGGUACGAAUUUAUUCACGGAAAGUGAAAUAUUUGUAUACGGACUGCAGUGAAGCAUUGGUGAAAAUUAAACUCGCUUUUCGUCCUGGAGUCGUGGAUUUACCAGCUACGACUCAACAAGCAGCAUCUCAUGCCAUUAAUGUGGCAAAUUUUGGCGAAUUUGAAGCGGAAGUGACGUAUUCUAUCAAAGCUAUCACGGGACCGUCAUUGGAUGAAUGGAUGGCUGCAUCAAGUCAGACGAUGGCACGAUAUCAGGAUAUUACACUGGCAGAUCCAUUGAAUGGAUCAAGUGUUGCAGAAAAUGAAGAUGCAAUGGCUAUGGAAGAUUCAUUUGGUGUUGGAGAUGGAGGAGAUUGGCAAGCAUUUGAUCUGGAUGACAAUUUUGGCAAUUCUGGAUUGGAUACAAGUACUGUGAGUGACAUUGAAGUGGCACGUAAAGCUGAUGGACCGAUAUUACCACUGGAUGACUCGGGAAUACUAAAUGUCGGAGAUAAAUCAUUGGAUCGGAAUUCAUUGGAUAAAGUUGGACAACAAUCGGACUUUGAGCUCAAUAAUGCGUCCUUUGAGAUGCCUGGAGACAAUGCAAUGGAGAUUGAGAAUCCUCUGGAAGAUCCGGUGGAUAUCAGCGGUGGAACUUUGGAUAUUAGUGUAGACAUGAAUGCCAGUAUGAAUGGCUCAACGCGUGCAUCGUUGGAUGCUGCGUUAGCUAACGUUGAAGUGGAAUCGCGACCCAAGAAGAAGAGAAAAGUUGUUCGGGACAGCGUCACGGAGUUGACGUCAGUUUUUCUGAAACAGGGAAUGGAAGAUACUUCCGAUAUCACCCGCACACGAGAAAUCGUGUACAAUAAGACAUCUGAUAGCAAGAGUGAGUUCGAUUUUCGGACUGGGGCGGACAUGUUUUUCCGACCAUGUAUGGUCCACAUGUCAGAAGAGUUGCUGAGCAUGUUCAAGUUCACGAUGAAAAAGCGAAAGUUUCCGUUCGGAUCCAAGCAGAAAGAGUCGAACGAACCCGAGGAUAUUGAGCUGACUCGACGCAUGAGCGCGAAUUCGCGCAUGAGCUCAACUAACUCGACUGGCUUGGACGUGACAAUGGGAUCGUGCGAUGGUUCUAUGCUGCAUGAAAUUGAGGAAGAAAACCAUUUCAAAUUUACUGACAUGGGCCCACCCGAACCUGAACGUUUGGACGAAGGUUUCCCAGACUACGACAUUGGAGCACCAUUGGAGCUUGAAGACCGGGACUUGGAAGAUUUGAACGUGGAUAUUGAGCUAGGCGCCGUCAAUGACAUUCGGAGUGAUGCAAAUAGUGCUGCCCAAACUGAGGCUUCAGCUGCCCAGCACAAGUGGCAUCCACAUACCGUGAAGGUGAUGAAGGUGCUGCGCAAGUCACUUCAAAACAACGAAGAAGUCACGUACAAUCAGCUUACCAAAAACACCCAAGACCGACGAACAGCAGCCGCGCUGUUCUUCGAAAUUUUACAGCUGAAGACUUUGGACUACGUGGACGUGGAGCAAGCUGCACCGUUUUCUGACAUCACGAUCUCCAAGGCUGCUCGAUUCUCGGAGCACAUUCCGUCUGUGGAUCGUGAUUCUACCUGA